AUGGACAAUUGGCAAGAGGAACAAAGGCGGAUAGAGCGGCAGCCCAGGCGGGUGUCCAGCCUUGACCUACUGAAACAGAAAUUCAUGAAGGAUGCAGCAAGCGACUCCUCCGCCAGAAGAGACAACGACCGCCGGAUUGUUGCAAAGAUAGCUGCCAGAAAGGCGAUGAAACGUUGGUGGAAGAGGUACCCUUCGUCAGAGAGCGAUUUGUCGGAGAGGAGCUUCCCAGGGCAGGUCACUCCUCCGUCGAAACGAACUAGGUCGAAAGGGCUUCCUUCUUGGACUACGCCACGCAGACACAAACCUGUGGGGACAGGGCUCCUGAACAAGACCUUGCGUACCACGAAAAGAACAGCGGUCCCGCGGCCAUCCUCGAACGGCUUCACCAGGCUUGGAGGUCAUCAUACCCACACCUCGAGUACGUCCGAAGCGGCGACAGCUUCAGAGAAUUAUGGCGCACUACCUUCCUCCUACAGAAGACUUCAUCGAGCAAAAUCCAUGCUGACGACCCGUCGUCGGACGAUGGGAAGUCAGGAUAAUUCUCUGUCGAGCCCAGUGGGCCGCAUCCGGAUCCCUCGGCGCUCGACUAGUUUUGGUGCUCUCCAGACAAACAGUCUUCGACUACGGAUCAAACGAUCACUGACAAUACUCCGCCCGAAAAGUAAAAACGCUUUGUUCAUCACCAGACCAGAAGAUUCUGCCCACGAUGAAGCCAUAAAGAUUGCUCGAGCUCGGUUCCUCGAUGGGGAGCAUCAACAUAUGGAGCUCAGGCAAUCAGUUCCCCCAGCAUCUGGAAGAGAUACGGUUCACAAUCCGUUGAGCAGAGAGUGCAUGUCACCUCAUAGUGCGGAUUCAGGAAAAUAUCCCAUUCCCUUGGGAAAUGGUUACCAUUGUCCUCAGACAGAUCCGGAUAAGAGGUCAUUGUCAGUUUCUUUGCGGGCUAAACUCCGCAAGGCACUGGGAAAGUCUGGGAAGGGUAGCUGCGAUAUCCCGCCUCAGCAACUCGAGGCUCAACGGACCCAUUUCCGCGAGCUCCCGGCCGACACAGAAUCUAUAAGUGGGUUUGACGCAUACUGCACUGACGAAGAGAAUCAGCAUCGACGCCAGAGCGUGUAUAUCCCGUCCUCUGCCGAGAACGAACCCCUAGAGCACCAAGACCAGGUCCCGUACAACCUCGAUCUGGCUGCCAGUCGUGAGAGCCUACAUUCCAAUACACGAUCCCGUGUGACUAGUUGGACCAACUCAAGCAUGACGGGCUCUAUCGGUCUUCGUUCCGGGCCAAUGGAGCGUAAUCGCUUGUCCAUUAUCAAGGAAGAUGGUGGGCCGCAUCAGCCUUCUUCUUCGGCAGGUCGCCACUUUGGCGGUGUCUCAUUGUUUCGAGAACCGUUACAGCCAACUCCGGAGAAUGGACUUACGAUGCCCGUGGUAGACAGUCAACGGAUCUACUCGGCUUUGAUAAAGCGUAUCAACCAGGAAGAAGCCGAGAUUGAAAGGACACGACUGGCAUUUGAGGCCAUUAAUCAGGAGACUGACACCGUGGUCAAUGUCCCGACCAAUGCCAGACCCACGAUUCGCGUCGUGCAUAGUGACUCUUCUCUGACCACGGUGCCUGCCGAAAAUCACGGUGGACAAUUCAGCAGCCGUUCUUGCUCCUGGGACCAACCCGAGGGUGGCAUGACACCUGAACAGCAUAAGGAAAAUCUGGAACGGAGAAGGGAGCGACUUGCAAUGCAGGAGACACAGUCAAGCUUUUUCCCAUUCUCUAGCGAACAAAAUCCUUCUGCGCCGAGUCCAUUUAAGAAGUUUCUGCAGGACAACCGGGUUCACAAGCGAAGCAGCAAUUUGGGUGAGGAAUCGGAUCUCGAGAAAACUGGCGCGGAAUACAAUCAUGAUACGAGCAAUCAGUUGAUGGAUCGGCGUCACUUUGGGUUCAGCAGUGAAAGUGUCUACUCGCGCACAACAAACGGCGGUGUCAACGACGAGUAUAGAUCCCCCAUCUGGAGUUCAGAGGAAUUGUCACUGCCUACUGAUGCUGCAACCGACUUGGCUGGCAUGGCCACCAUCAUGCCAACUGUGUAUUGUCGUCCGGGCCCCAGGACACUUUCAGGGAGCGACAACCUCAGCGUAAAGCAGGUGCAAUGUUCUGAAUGGAAUCCAUGGUCAGAUGGCCCAAGUGCUCAACGAGGUGAUGGAGAUGUCCAAAGCAGUGCUCAGACAAGAGAGCUGGCACAGGUAUGGUCUGGUGGUAAUCCGAGAAGCGACGAAAGAGAGGUCUCUAAUGCUACAGCUCAGUCGAAUGCCUCCGAUGAUUCGCGGAGGCUUGGUGCUGUAAAGUUCAUCCGUGACAACAACGUCUCAAGGCCAAGGAGCAAUUUCGCCGCCACCAGCCAUACAGGCAUGCUGAAUAGAGCUGGGGGAGAGGCCUUGAAGCCUAUUCCUAACCAGGUGGAGGAGGGCAAGAAGAUGGUCGACAGUGCAAGGAAGCUCAGUCCAGGAAACCUAGCCAGAAUGCUAAGGGAGAAGAAAAGUCAAAUCAUGACGAGGCAACACGAGUCGGGCAAGGAAAAUAUCCCGGCAGACCGGAACGACUCUCCUCCUUUGAGCACGCCCGGUAAGCUGCAACUGCAGUUCCGAAACGGGAAUACGACGGGAAGGCUCAGAAAAAAGGCCAGCGAACCCGCCUUCUCCGCUCAGAAAGGACUGCAUACCACUCCUCGAACAGUGUUAACUACAAGCUCAACCACGCCCAGCCACCGCGACGACAGCCCCAGCGAGAAGGUGAAGGACCACCUGGUUGCCCGACUUAGCCGACCGUUCAAUAUGGAUGUACCACCCCAUAAUCGCCCGUUUGACAGCAUGUAUCUGGGCAAGCGGACCCCAGGCCAUCCAGACACCAUAGGGAACAGUCGGUUGAGUGUUGCACCCUGUGUCCCACCAAAACCCGAAUCGGAUAAUGUGAACGAGCCAACCGAGUAUGGAGCGCCUGGAGCAGGGACAGGGCCCUUGGAGUCUUCCACGUCGACUCGAAACACCAGCAAAGUGCUCGGUUUGUUCAACAGUAAGAGGAUGGUCAGCAGCUUUUUAAAGAGCCGAAGAAGCGAAAAGAGUCGAAGCAGCGAAAAGAGUGUGAGUGGCAGCGGGCAGAGCAUGGCGGGGGAGGGUCCAGCAUUCAUUUAA